CGGAUCACUGGUUUUAUCCAUGACUCUCCGAAAGAUGACUUUUGUUACACAUUGACAAUAUUUUGUCCAGUAUUACGUGUAUAAUUGAAUAAUUCAGGAUAAAAUUUAAUUUGAAAAUAUAGAUGGAAUCUACAAAAUCAUUCAAGAUGGCUGAAAAUCAAUUUCGGUCAAUGUCUGUGUUUAGUUACUUCACCUCAGAAUUAACAAGGGGAUAUUUGUUAGAGAGGGAGGAGGAAAAGUAUGCACAGAAAAGACAGAGGGUCUACACUUUCAUGAAAACCCCAAGAGAACUUGAAAAGUUUAGUACCUACGGAUUUUUCCAGUGUCUAGAUGCAUUCCUGUUCAUAUUCACGUUCUUACCACUUCGUAUUCUUCUGGCAGUGUUAAAGAUAUUCACUGUGCCUUGUGGAUUUAUGAGGUCACGAAAAUUUUUAGAGCCAGCCCAGAUCUGUGAUAUACUGAAGGGUAUAAUACUAGUGGUUUGUUCAUUCAUCAUGACACAUAUAGAUACGUCCAUGAUGUACCAUCUUGUGAGAGGACAGGCCACGAUUAAACUCUAUGUCUUCUUUAAUAUGCUUGAUAUGGCAGAUAGGUUACUGUCCAACUUUGGCCAUGACAUUCUAGAUGCUCUGUUCUGGACGGCCACAGAACCAAGGGGUAAAAAGAGGGAGCAUAUAGGAACAUUGCCACAUCUUCUCAUAGCUAUUAUCUAUGUCAUCAUACAUUGCAUGCUGAUACUGUUUCAAGCUACAGUUCUCAAUGUGGCCUUCAACUCCCAUAACAAAUCUUUACUAGUCAUAAUGAUGUCAAAUAAUUUUGUAGAGAUAAAGAGUAACCUAUUUAAGAAAGUAGAUGCAAGUCAUCUCUAUCAGAUAGCAUGUAGUGACGUGAAGGAGAGAUUCCAUUAUGUUAUAUUGUUGUCAGUCGUGUGUGUACGCAACAUGAAUGAAGUAUCCUGGGACAUAGAGCAUUUGUGGGUGUUGUUACCAGAUGCCCUCAUGGUACUUGUAUCAGAAAUACUUGUUGACUGGGGAAAACAUGCCUUUAUUCUCAAGUUUAAUGAGAUACCUGCUGAUGUAUAUAGAGAAUUUAAAGUUAAAUUAGCCCUUGAUAUGGCAACAAGCCGACAAAGUCAGGCAUUUACAGAUCAUUCUGACCUGGUAUCAAGACGUAUGGGACUGACACCUCUGCCUUUAGCUUGUCUACUGUACAGAAUACUGACUAAAUCUAUACCAGUAUCCACAUACAUGCACUACAGUAUAUUAUUUGUACUUUAUCUUUGUUUGAUGUCUUUCAAAGUUUUAAACAGCAUUAUUUUACUUGGACAUUCCUACACAGUUAUAGAGAAUUAUGAUAAAGAGAACCAGUCCGCCUCUUCACCCAAUGAGGAGCAAGAACAGCCUGAACCAGCCAAUCAGAAAUCAUCACCUGCUGCAGAUAGUGCACCAUCAGUUGUAAACCAUAAAACUCAUGAAAGGACUGCAUCCUUUGAUGAAAAAUUGUCUGGAAAUUUCAGCCAGAUAUUAGCAGCAGAUUCCUACACAGAACUUACACAAGUCCGUACUGAUACUGCAAUAGAACAAACUAGAGGAUUUAAAGUAAAAAGUGCUAAACUUGCUGAUUCUGAAAGUGAAGAUGAAAUCCAAAGUAUUCCAAAUGACAGUGAAUCUGGAUCACAUGACAAUAUUCUUACAUCACCUGAUGUGUCACAUGCCCAAUAUAUUUUAACAGGAAGUCAGCCUAAUUUUACCCAAAAUGCAUCAGGAGAUACUCAGUCGUCUAAUGAGAGUCUUGCAAAUUCACCAUAUGAUCAGAUAAAAAGUUCCCAGAAUUCCUUAGAAGAAUCAGGACCAGGAGGGGAUACCCCUAAACAAUUUCACGGUCACUCUGUUUUUCAAAGGUCACACAGAGGCAUUUUUAUGAAUUUUGGAGUGGGAAAAAGAUCUGGCUCAUCUAUUUCCCUCCCUGAAACAGUAGGUAUCCAAGAAUGCUCAGAACAGGAAGAGUGUAGUCCAGUCGAAGAGACUGUACAUGUAUUUCCAGAUAAGACGGAAAAAGUAGAAUGAUCUCCAUUAAAAGCUAUGCUAUUUUAUUAUAUACAUGUUAUUUCGGAUGACUCUAGUCUUGAAAACAUGGAUGCAUGUUUGGAUGUUAUUGUUGUUUUGUUUUUUUUCAAUGAAGAAUAGUGUUAUGUAAGUUUAAGAAUAUGUAUAUAGCUGUUAAACAUAUACACAGUGUGAUAGUUGUUUAAGCUUUAAAUGUUUUCUUUUUAUUGUCCAUGACACAGGAAUAUAAGGAUAUAUUUCUUUAUUAGCUUGACUUUUCAAAGAAUAGGUAGAGCUAUUGGACUCACUCAUGUGUCCGCCGGCAUCCCGAUUUGGUUAAGUUUUUGUAUGUAAUCUGGUAUCUCAGUAACCACUUGUGGGAAUAGAUUGAAACUUCAUACACUUAUUCAUUGUGAUAAACUGACAUACAUUGUGUAGGUUCCAUAACUCUACUUCGCUUUUUAACAAAAUUAUGCCCCUUUUUCAACUUAGCAGUUUUUGGUCAAGGUUUUAUAUGUAAGCUGGUAUCUAAGUACCCACGAAUUGGAAUGGAUUGAAACUUCACACACUUGUUCACUGAGAUGAUAUGACAUGCAAUGCACAGUUUCCAUAACUCUACUUUGCAUUUUUACAAUAUUAUGCCCCUUUUUCGACUUAGUAGUUUUUGGUUAAGUUUUUGUAUGUAAGCUGGUAUCUCAGUACCCACUAAUGGGAAUGGAUUGAAACUUCACACACUUGUUCAUUGUCAUCAUCUGACUUGCAGUGCACAGGUUCCAUAACUGCUAUGCAUUUGUACAAAAUUAUGCCCCUUUUUCUACGCCAGUCUCUGAAAGAACGGGGCGUAAUAUGUGAACACCCUUGGCGGGCAGGCGGUCAGCUUCCAAAAGCAUGUCUGCUCUCUAAGUCAAACAGUUUUCAUCCAAUCUUCACCAAACUUGCUGACGAUGUUUGUGGGCAUAAUAUGUCAGCCAAGUUCGAUAACCAGCCAAAUCGCCUCAGGCACUCUUGGAUUAUGGCCCUUGAAUUGCUUGAAAAACUGCAAAUUUAACCUUGUCUGCCCUCUAAGUCAAACAGUUUUCAUCCGAUCUUCACCAAACUUGGUGACAAUGUUUGUGGGCAUAAUAUCUCGGCCAGGUUUGAUAAUCCCCAAAAUCACCCCAGACACUCUUAGAUUAUAGCCCUUGAAUUUACGUAACUGAAUAUUUAGACGGGUGUAUUUCGUGACAGUCUGGCACUCUUGUUUGACUUUAAUAGCAGUUGUUGGUUAAGUUUUUGUAUGUAAGCUAGUAUCUCAGUACCCAUUUACGGGAAUGGAUUGAAACUUAACACAAUUGUCCAUUGUUAUGAACUGAUAUGCAUUGUACAGGUUCCAUAACCCUGUUUUGCAAUUUUACAAAAUUAUGCCCCUUUUUCAACUUAUAUAUUCAUUCAAUUGAUAAGGCUGUUGAAUAGUCAAGCAUUGCUGUCGUUUGACAGCUCUUGUUCUGAAUAGAAUGCCAAGUAUAGUGCUUGAGGGUUAUACCUUUAUAAAAACAUGUACUUUUUUCUGCAGUUUAAAUACCAAAUUUUCUUGAGGGAGAAAUUCCAUGCUCGCUAUGUAGGCUCAACAGAAUACAUAGCGAUAAAUUAGUUACUGACUAAAGUGAGCAUAGUUUUUUGUUUGUGACAGAAAGUGUCUUUUAUAUUAAAUUAACAAAAAAAUUGUCAGUUUUCAUAUGUUAGGGGAAAUCAUCUUUAAGUUAUAUUUUUGAAAAAAUGCACUAUUAAUUCCUUUGUUCUUUUUGGGGUUGGUGGUACGAGGAGAGAGUGACAGUGGUUGUCAGCCUUGACAUAUGAUUAUGAGCAAAUCUAUCAAAAUUAAAAAAUAAAGUACAGUCAUAUAAAGCAUUAAUUUUUAUCAAACAAAAAAGUUUCUAUAUGAAUUAACUGCAUAAAAUUGUCAGUGGCUGGUAAUUUUUAAAGACUCACUGGAAAAUGUUAUGUUUUAUAUUAAGAUCAUGUUAACAAUGUUUCGUUUUAAUUAAAUGAGAGAAUGACAUUGUACUACCAUUAUUUUAAGCAAGGAAAUUACUUUUUAUAAAGUGGCCUUGACUACAGAAUCUGGCAAUAUUACUACAAGAACUGUACUGCUUGAUCUACCUAAUCCAUAUCAAGGUAUUUCAUGAAAUGCAGAUUUAAUUUCCAAGAUGAAUAUAUAAACUGUACAAUAGAUCUCAAAGGGUGGUACUACCGGUAGGCUCUUUUUAAAUUUGAAAUAUCUUUAAUAAUGUCAGUUUUAUGUCUAAAAUUGUAUUCUCUCAGUGUAAAAAUCUGACAGAUGUUAAAUGGAAUUUAUGUUUUGUUGGAUUCAUUUUUUUUUCUUUCAUGAAAAUAUCACAUCAUCUUUAUAUGCUAAUUUUUACAUAGUAAGUAUUCAAAAAUCAACAUUCCAGAGUUGAAGCAUGACAUUUGUUAUUACUUUACAUUAAUGGAUAUGGAAGUCUAAACAGUUAUUUUAUUGUAUUUCUUUGAUUAGAUUUUUGUAUUUAUUUAUAAGUGAUAACUUUACUUACAAUUAAGGUUUAGCCUGUUGGUGGCAAGUGAUUCUUCCUUUGCGACCAGUGCAAACCUUGAUCAGACUGCACUUCCGUGCAGUCUGAUCAUUGUCUGCACUGUUUGCCAUUCAGUCAGUAUCUUUUUGGUAAGCACCCCUUUUAACAGUUAAUGGUACUGGCCAAAUUGAAAGAUGGACAAGUUCAUUGUAGAAAUUUAGCAGGGUAAGGGUU